AUGUUCGGUGAGGCUCCAGACAAAGGCAAGUGCUCUGAGGUUCACGAAGCGGCCAAAGGAGCCGAAGGAGUGGUUGAGAAACGUGGAACACGACAGCGUCCUUUGGCCUCAGAUGCCUUCGUUCGGCUUGAUGCAGAUGGAGACAGCAGACUCACCAGACUCAGCAGACUCAGCAGACAUGGUUUCCAGGGCCCAAUUUGUGUCGAGGAACACGCUGGGUACGCUUUGAGGAAGGACACCCUAGUGGCAAGGUUGGAGCAACACGUGAAGGCAGCGAAGAAGUGUCGCUGUGUCUCUGUACUGAGUAUACUGGAAGAGUCUAAUGUCCGGGGAAUUUACAGAGAGCGGGCCGAGCGGGAUCAGGACGUCCAAUUCUCCCAGAAAGGGCUGCCAGAUGGAUGCCGUGGAUUGCCUUACAGCUUAGAGGACUACGUGAGGGACAUCCGUGAAGUGAUUCGGUCCAUACGCUAUGGUUUGCCUACUGCUGCCCGUUUGCUGGAAGGCGCCGUGAAGGGAACUGUCUUGGCUUUUGACUCUGAGCUGCACUCCACACAGCAGGAAUUGGCCAGUCGGAAGGCUAGCCAAGAGUCCAUGGCAGAGACACAAGCAGAGAUAGAGCAGUUGAGGAAUGACCUCGCCGCAACGCAGCAGCAGAAUUCUGAGCUCAAGAAACAGCUUUCAAUGGCAGACGACAUCAAGCAGGCUGAGAUCCGAAGCUACCAAGAGAAGAUCGAGUGGCUUAAGGACGAAUUGGCUCGUCUCCAUCCAGAUGACGGCUCGGUGGAAGGCGUUGGAUACCUCAUGGACACCUGUGCGAAGCUAUUGAUGGACUUGGAGGGAAGCGAGUGUCGAGACACAGUGGACACUGUCGACCUUCUGCAGGUUGGCUUGAGCUUGGCGAAAGAGAAACAUCAUUUGGAUUCCCAUACGGAUGAUGGAGUCGGGCUCCACUCUCACCACACUCGCACAGUUUUGAGGAACAAUGAAGAAACUACAGGUUGUCCUCCAAUGUAUCCUCAAUGUGAUGGGCUGAAACCAAUUUGUAACGAUUCCAGCAGGAAUCUGUUGAGGUUGGGCACAGCACGUCCAGAAAGCACAGAUAUGACUGAGGCGACAGAGCUGUUGAUCGAUCUCACAAAUGCCCUGAAAGGCAAAGCUAAAGGCGCCAAAGUUCAACUGCUUGUCAUGGCCAUGUUUGAACAUGGCGCCUACACAGACGAUUUGGGUUAUAUCGCAGAACGGGCCUCUCCAGAAGAGGACACAGAGUCUACUCUGCUUGAGAUGGCUUUGUCGGAUGAUGGCAAUUCGGUUCAUAUAUUCAAGCCUAUUAUGAACAUCAGAACAUCUGAUUUACAAUCAGCAUAUGCGGUAAAGUCAGGUUUGGGAAGUACAUUGAUCGCGAGUCUCCCACGAUUAUUAUGUGAAGGCGAAGCCAAUCGGAUCAUCAUUGAAGCUGCAGGUCUUCUUGGAGAUGGUUUCUUCGUUGUAGAUGCUGCUGCUUUGGGUUCCAGUAUCUACGUGGUCGAUGCCAAGGAGUUCCCCAACAACUUUGAUAUCACGGUCGACUAUGGUCCUAUGUUCCCUUUGCUGCGUGUUGGCUACACGGUGGUUUUGCUUCCUGAGCAGCCAAUGAAACCAAGAUCAAAUGAUGAUCGGCUCCUUUACUUUGACACGCAGUAUGUGAACAAAGGAAACCUCGAGAGUCGACCUUCUGAGGUUCGAAAACUGAGUGAACUGGUGGACUCGGAAGUUUCCAUGAUUUGGCGCUACAACAUUGAUGCUUUGCCGGAUCAGACUAUUCGAUUCUACGUCGACCCAUCCGUUCCCAAGCGAUGGCGGCCUUUCUUCCGGAAGGGUAUCGAGGUGUGGAACGAUGCCUACACACUGAUAGAGCGACCGAAUGCGGUGAAGGCCAUUUUGCCUGAAGAUCCAGAUUGGCCUUCAGAUUUCGAACUUUCUGACGCUCGAUUCAACACCAUCUCCUGGGAUCUUGCCCCUUCGACCGUCAGCAUGGGCAUCGCAAAGGUGGAUCCCCGCAGUGGGGAAAUCAUCAAAUGCGACGUGGCCAUGGGAGACUCCUGGGUCAAGGCCUACCUGGAAGAUUUGGAAUUGGAACUGCUGAACUUUUCGCAACUCGCCCACACAGCUUCCACGCUGAAAUCUGCUCUCUUGGACAUCGAUCCUGGAGAUCUUAGCACUUUGAAGAAGCAAAACAGGACGCGCCAAGUUCGCAUGGACAAAGACGGCAGGAAGGCUCGAUCGUUUGGCUUUGCAGCCUUUCUCCAAGCCAUUGAGCCAGUUGCCAAGGACCCACACGAGCUCCUCGGUUCAGGUCUGCAGGAGGUGGUUUCGCAUGAGGUUGGCCAUUGCUUGGGCUUGCGCCACAACUUCAAGGGACCUAUGGGAAUCAGUCGAGAAUGCCUGGAGAAUCCAUCAUGCACUGCCAAGCAUGGCACAUCUGCUUCAGUCAUGGACUACAUUGCGAUGAAUCUGCCAAAGAACUCGUCCCACAUGACUCAUGUAUGGUCCCCUACAAUCGGGGCGUAUGACAAGCUGGCAAUUCGCUAUGGCUACACACAUUCAGCAUCGACUGAUGCAGAAGCUGCUGUCAUUCUCAAGGAAAUUUUGCGAGAGGCAGAGAGCUUGCAGAGCUGCUACGACGAGGAAAAUAGUUAUGGCGAAGAUCCAUCGUGUAUUGACUAUGACCUCUCUUCUGACCCUGUUGCCCACUUUGAUGGCCAAGUGUCCUUGUUUGCGGAAGUGCAAAAGAACUUGCUGGACACAGCGGUGCUGCUGACACAGUCCUACCAACUGUAUGGCCAUGCUGUGGACAUGAUUCUUUCGAGCCUCGUUCCAGAAAUUGGUUUCAACGCUGCAAGUUACUUGGGUGGGAGAAACAACUCAUAUUUGCACAAGUACGAGGACCAGAAUGACCAGAAGCGCAAGGCAAGUGAGCCCAUUCCUGCAGCGACACAACGCCUGGCGCUGGACAUCGUUCUACGUUUGCUGCGACCCAAAGACCAAGGAUUGCUUCCGCCCGACGAAGCCAACGCGUUUCUCGUUGAGAGCUGCAGCGGCGCCCUGUGCAGUUUCGACGUGGAUGACAUCAUCAGGCGCUUGCGAACCAUGCUCCUGCAGGAAAUUCUAGGCCAUGACAGACUGGUGAAACUUCAUCGACAGGAAGCGAGCAGCUCCAGUGCCGAAGCGUUCACCCUCUCUGAGCUGCUUUCUUCAGUAGUUCGCAGUGUGUUUGCUGCAGGGCUGGAUGGCCCAAUUUCAGAUGACGAAAGAGAUCUUCAACGUCGCUUCGUCUUCAUUUUCACGUCCCGACUUGUUGCAGAUGGAUCUGAACAUGCUGCCAUUAUGUCCCAACUGCAACACUACAGGGAUUUCACCCGACAGAUGGUCGAAACCGCUCUAGAGAGACUCAACACAUCUAUGGCUGACAAUUCUGCUAAGGGGAUUCCCUCUUGGAAUUACUGCGCUGACUACAACCAGACCUGUGAAUGUGAUGGUCUCGUGCGGCUGCAAUGGCCAAGCAAUGUCAGUCAUGAACAGUGGGGAGCACCAGUUUGCUUGCCAGAGAAUUUUGAUCUCAUUUUGGAUGAGAAAACGCUCAAGAAAUCCUGGUGCGAAUGCAUGCCUUUGAAAGUGACUGAUGCGUUGCAAGAGCAAUGGCUUUUUGAAGAGUCUGCCCGGCAGACGACCAUCCUUCGAGAAAUGGGUGACUACACCUUGAGCAUCGUAAAAGAAGCAGGUGAGAGCGAAAACGACGUUGCACUCCAUAGACCUGGGCGAGUCAUCGAGUUGCCAGACGGAGAACUCGUGUUGCGGCCGUACAAUGUUGCUGAGCAGGCUACGCAGGUCAUGGAAACGGAUUUGCUGAAGGUGGAUGUUGAUGCGCCGAUUCGUUUCCGCACGCCCAUGGUGCGUCAACUUUUGGCCACCUUCCAAGGCAGAGACGUGAAGAAGAUGCUGGUGAAGGACCUGGAGGCGGAGAUCGAUCGGCUUUACACGGCCAAGACCUCCGCAGACAACGAGGCAGAUGCUGCCAGUUUGCCGAGAUCGGAGCUGGCAGCAUUUUUGGUUGAGUUUUACCUAGAGCAGUUUGGCACCGUCACUGGUGCACAGGAGCGGGUCUGCAGCAUCCUCAGCUGCAUCCGUAGCCUCGAACGCCAAGCACAUUUGGCCCCUUUGCCCCUCAAGGUGUCUCUUUUUGCCAGAUUUCUCCAGUUCUGCAAUGUGAAGGAGGUACUGCCCCUCCCUUUGCUGAACAUUGCCCUACAGGCUCGGCGCUUUGCAAAUGCUGGGCGACACAAGGCAGCGGAGCACUCAGGAACAAAGCCUAUGCUGUCUUUUCAAGGGCGGCGGCCGACCAUAAAUCAGGCCAAAGAUGAGGAAACUCAAAUCGGCAUCCCUCAUGCCUGGGAUGCUGCAACCAAGGCUCUGCCUGCUGGUGGCAGUGUCAUUUCACGGCGCGAGCUAUUUGCCGCAGAUCUUAGCGUGGAUUCGAAUGUGGGCCCAGAGAUGAACGACUUCUUUGUGUUGCUCCUGAUCAUCCACGACCGGCUCCGCCGUGAAUCUGCGCCAAAGAUGCGCUUCUUGGUACGCGACCUGGCUAGGAACUGGCGACAGAACCGACUAACCGUGACUAACCCUGGCCGUCAAAUGCGUCUUACAAAUGAUGCUCGGGUGCUCGGCUUCGGAACGAUGCCGAGAUUCUUAGAGGAUGGAGAGAUCAACAGCCUUGGCAAAGUGGAGCAAAUCCGCACUACGUUGGAGCGAUCGAGCUGGGAGACUCGGAAGGCAAAGCUUCGGAGUGAAGCGAAGUCUCAGAGUUUCGUAGAGAUCGUAGAGUUUCGUAGGCGGUUGAAGCAGAAGUUCGGGAUCGCUGGGAGCCAAGAAGAUCACGGCUGUGUGCUCUUUGACUGGCAGAAGCGAUGGUCGCUCGAACCUUAUGCCAUUUUGGCUCAAGAUCGAUCCAGACUGGCCAAUUUGAUCUCGGGCCUGGGCAGCUACGAUCAAGGCCGCAGAGGUCAAGGUGGACAAGGAGGUCGUGGUUGGACUCCAGCCUAUAGUUCUGGUGGCUAUGGGGCAGGGUCGAAUGCACACAACCCUUAUGAAGUUCAGAUGCCUAGGUUCUUGGAGGCCAUCACAGACGCAACCCAUGCUGAAGAUCAAUCCAUCAUCGUGGUGGAUAAAAGGGACGAUCGCAUUGUGUCGCCGUUCCAGUCGUGGUUGGUCUCCGAGAUCAUGAGCAAUGCGGCCAGCUCAAUCAACGUCAUGACCGAGCGUGAUCAGGUCAUGCCACCCAACUCGGGGUUCCAUGUGGCUCUCUUCGGCAACUACACCUUGGAUGGUAUCAAGGUGGUGAUCGCCAUCUCGAUCGAGAGCAACACUGGCAAUCCUUGCGCUGGGUGGGACGAGAGCACAGCUCGUGCACUUUCACACCCGGCCUUCCAGGGCUAUCGCUCCGACACCGACCUGACUGUGCAGCAGCAGUUCGUGGACGAGCUCUUUGUCCGAGAAGCCAAUCAGGGCAAGACCCGGCUCUCCGUGGUGAUCGCCGUCUUCAUUGGAUGGAGGGUCUCCAUCCUAAGCUUUGAGUGUGGAGGGCGAACUUACUCAGUUGGUCCUGGAGGAGCGGUCGUUGCUGGUGAUUCAACUCGCUCGAGGUUUGAGCUCCGAGUGUGCAACAGAUCCUCCAGUGAUGCAGUGGGCAACGAUGCAGAUCGCCUCGAGUUCCGCUACCGGGAUGCCAACAAUCGCAUCGACUUGAAGUGCUCGAGAACUUCUGUGCCUGGCACGUGGCUCACGGUGUCACACAUUUCAGGGCCCACUCUGAUCAGGACCAUCACUUCGGUCCGUGAGAACAGAGCCAGAGUAGAAGGUCCGGAACAGACGGAGCAGUUCGCUCAGCUGGCAGCCAUCCAUGAAGGCUGGUGGUCAAGCUCCGUUGGAGAGGAUGAGAGCCAGGUCGGCAGCUUGGUCAUCUUUGCGGAGGACCUGGAUCAGGGCAAUUUCCACCUUCAAUCCAGGUCGAAGCUGUUGGAGAGGGAGUCUGAGAUCGUCCCCAGUGCAGCUCUCGCAGAAAUGCAGCAUGCCACAUCAACACCAGCUCCAUCAGGGCCUCCAGCUCUGACAGCGGGCGCAUGGCUAUCUGGCCAGGCUGAGAUGACGGACGUUCCAAGCAGUUCACAUGGUGAGGGCACUUUGGUCUCCGUGAACAAGCAGAUGGGGCUUGAGCUCAACGAGCGAUCGCUCCAGGAUGGAUCGAAGGUUUGCAAGGUCCACAUCCUUGCUCACACCUCAGAUCUUCGCAGAGACGAUGGCCAAUCGUGUGUACAACCUUCCACGGCCACGAUCGAGGAGGUGGAGCCUGAACCCAAGGGGGCGGCGGUUCAUCCGUCGAGGGUGCCUGACAGCACCCCCGCGCCCGUGUUCACAGCGCCGGCUGCGCUCAUCGCUCUUGUGGAGGUCUACAGAAGAGGCGAGAUCCUCAGAUCUGCGCGCUGUUGCCUGGGAGAUCGCAACGGGACCUCAGCUCUUGGAUCAAGUGGCAUUGAGGGUUUUGCGCUAGAUGAUGAUGCUGCAUCUCCCGAUGAAAAGUUCUCAUCUUUCUUACCGGCUCUGACCGCCGAUGACCAGGUGAUCAACGCGGCUCUGCUGCGGCUGGACAUGGUCAACCUGCUGGCAGACAUGGUGUCCCGCUCAGCUAAGCGGGUGCAGGAGGAGAUAGCCACUGAUCUUGGCUACGGGUCAGCUGAGCCGCCGCGGACUGGUGGCAAGCGCUCGCUGGACCACGUGGUGCACCGGGCUCCCGUGCCUUUGCAGGUCGGUAAGAAGCCAGGAGGUGCUGGCUCUACGGAAGUCAUCCCAUCUAUCCAGGACUCCGAGAAUUUGGAGCGGAAGAGGUGGGGCCUGCGGCUCAAACAGAUCUGUGAGCGCGCUGGGGCCAGCGCAGGCGUGAAUGAUCCCUCACGUUGCAUUGGUCUGGCACCGGCUGAGGCAGAUCGUCUCAAGCAGUUAGCUUUUGAAGCAGGCGGCUUCAGAACGAUCAGGCAGAACGUGAGGCAUUGGGAGAAGUUCGACGAGUGGGCGACUUCUCACGGUCUUCGGGUUUACCCGCCCACGAUCGUCGCAGUGAUGCGCUACGCUCUGCAUUUGAAGGAUCAGGGUUGCGGGCCGGCAGUGCUCCCAUCGUUCAAAUAUGCGGUGGGCUGGAUCUGCAAGCGCCUGGCGAUGUUUUGCCCCGAUCUGGGCGAAGCGCGCCUCAAGGCUGUGAUCGACCAGGUGCACCUUGAGAAGGGCAAGGGGCUCAAAGAGGCCGUUCCACUGCCGCCGCAGUUGGUGCUGGCUCUGGAAGCUUUGGUCCCCCGGCUCGUGAACCAGGGCAAGACCGCCGCCGCGAUCACGGCAUGGUGGGCCCUCAUUUUGAUCUAUGCAUCCCUCAGGUUCGAUGAUGGCGUACACGUUGCUCCAUCGUCCCUGGUAAUGUCAGGUGAUGCCCUGCUCGGCGUGGUUUGGCAAACCAAGGUCGAGCGGAAGAGGAGAGGCACACGGUUCGCUGUGCCGAAUUGCUCCCUCUCCGGAAUUGAGUGGCUGAAGAUCGGUUGGGAUCUUUUUCAACCGAUGAUUUCUGACAGGGAUUAUUUUAUAUGGGAGCUCAAGAAUGAGAAGGAGUUCACUGAGGCCCCCAUCACCUACUCUCGUAGUCUAUCCUGGCUGAAAAGUUUCUUUUUGCUGGGUCUCAUGGAGGCGAAGGUGUUGAACCUCGUUCAGCUCAACGAACUGGAGACGGCUGAAAAGGCGGUGCAAGAGGUCACAUGGCACUCGAUGAGGGUGACCAUGCUCUCAGAGGCCGUCAAAGCUCAGGUCGACGACAAGAUCGUGGGCUUGCAAGCCAAUUGGAAAGACCCCAAGCAGCUGGUGCUCAAGUAUGCCAGAAGCCGCAAGGAGCUCUCAGUGGCGAUGGUUAAAGACAUGGCCUCGAAGCUCCGCGAAGAGUGGGUUCCUGAUUCCAAACAGUUCGUGAUCGAAGAGGAGGACGAGGAGGUUCAAGGUCUUUUUCCUUUCGCCAGCAUGGUCGAUCGCACGGUGUAUGCCGAUGAGGCGCACACACCGAAGAUCGCCCUUCGCCAGAUCUUCGGCAGACUGGGGCUGAGCUCAGAUUUGUGCAGGGCAUCGGCGGACGCCGGGCUCUUAUCCGUUGAAGUUUUCGCCAUGCUCGGCGAUGCGGCAGGUCCUGUGAAAACGUCUCUCCAGACCUUGCUUCCAACUGAUGCUCUUGGGGCGAACGCCGCUGCACAGGAGCUAUCGCUGAUGCAGCUGGCAGCCGUGUGGCAUUCAUGUCAUGCGCUGCAAGGCCAGUUCGCCACGAGAAGAGCUCGAAUGGAGGAGGACCCGAACAAGGUUCCCGAGAUGGCCCAAGAAGACCACGCGGAAUUCCGCUCCAGGUUCGUGACGGCUCACCCCGACGUGAUCCUCCUGGAUGCCAAGGAGCCGCACAAGAAGUUCGUUGAGAAGCUCAGCAGAGAUUUCCUUGUUCACGGCAUGGUUCCAUUUUAUGCCGUGGCAGAGAUCCGCACCAGGGCAGAUAGCAUUGUUCAGAAGUCAGGUCUGUCAAAGAACGCUGAGGAUCUCUUGACGAUCUCCAAAGCCGAAGAACCUGAUCAGGUGACAGACGUGCAGACCCUGCUACAUCGAGUUCAUGCGCUGUUUGUGGCUCUGGAGUUUUUGGACAUUUGCACGUAUUCACGUGCUGCAGGGCCUUUGAAAUACAUGCAGGAGCUCGAGCAGUUCAAAGCAGAGUGCCCAAGUCUUCCUUAUCUCCUGGCAGCCGACUCGCUGGUCCGCAAGAAAGUGCACCGGCUCCAGGCUGAACAACGCGAGCUCUACAGCACUUUUGAAGCCGCGCUCUUGGAGGUCCUCAACAACCACAAGUACCUUUGGAACGAUGCUCGCACAAAGGCAGUCCUGGCGAAGGUUGAUCACAAGAAACCUGAACCACAUGAUCCCCAAGAUCGAGUGGUGGAGAGCCAGGACAAGCCUUCCACCCCAAGCCGCCGCCAGCGCAAGCGGCGCAACAAGAAGGGUGGUGCGGUCGACACCAAAGACAUCAAGCAGGUGAAGAAAGAUCAGUUCGAUAAGAAAAAGGACAAGGACUCCAAGAUCGACAAAGACAAGCGGAUCCCCGAGUCCGAAUGGAAGCUCAUCUCUCAGGGGGGGGCGAAUGAAGAGCUUGCCGCUCGGACAGUCCUCUCUCGGCCGUUUUGGGGCUCAAUGGUAGUGCCGAUCGGGCCUGCAUUUUUGGAAGUUUUUGCUGGUGAAGCCGGGCUCUCGCAAGCAAUCAGCGCGCGCGGCAUGCAGAUCUUGCCACCCAUUGAGAUCAACACGAACCAGUUCGUACAAAUCUCUGUGGACAUUUUGGAGCCACAAGUUCAGCAGCACGUUAUCAAGCUGAUUAGGGCCAAGCGCAUUGCUCGGAAGGCUGAUGGGGGUCCACCGCCCCUACGCAAUCGCAUGCAUUUGUGGGGGCUCCCUGGUCUUGCUCCACGCGACCAGGCCAAACUGCAGUUGGGCCAUGAGUUCAUGCUCGACAUGUGCCGGUUUGGCUCCCCCCACAAGAAGCCGACAGCGGUGCUCUCCAACGUCGACCUACGGGAACUGGCUCUGCUUUGCGAUCAAGCUGAACGGCCACAUUCUCAUGAGCCACUGGUCGGCACAGUGCUCUACGAGGGCCAGAAGGUCUUCAAGACGCGUUUAGCGCAGGUAUACCCAUCCGCUCUGUGCAGCGCUUGGGCACAGGCGAUCGCCGCAACAGGCAUGGAUCCUUUGGCGGCUACAUUCCAGAUGGUCACCCCUGCUGCUGAGCGCAAACGCCCGGUGGGCCAAGAAGUUCCAUGGAAGAUUCACAAGCAAAGGAUCACAGCUGAAAAAGCCAACUCGGCGGGCUACCAACUGAAGCGAUCGGCAUUGCCGCCGAUCUUAGCCACCGAGAUGGAACCGGGUCAAGCAGUGCAGGCGGCUCUGCACGUGAUUCACCCGUUCACAAUGGAUCCUGCCCUUGACCCCGACCUUCAAGAAGUUCUCAAUUUGGUGUCAUCGCAGCCACAGUUCGUGCUUGGGCAUCGUGCAGGAGCUCUCCGGUUUUGGGAAGCUCGAGCUCACGAGCUGCUCCCCGUCACUGAUCAGUGGUUGCGACAGGUCAGUGAUCCUCACCUGCGGCGCCUUCUUCGCGGUCAACCUGACGGGCAGCCCUUAGUUUUGGGCCAAUGCACCCAUGUGGCGCUCUGGCAAGAAAUGCUGACUGCCGCUCGCUGCAUCGACACGCAGCUGCCAGCGGCAUUGCUCCACGGUUUUUCGAUCGUGGGUGCCAUUCAGCGCAGUCACAGGUGGCCUGCUCUUCCUGUUCAUGACGACGGGAUCUCCGUCCAUGAGUUGUCGGACAGGGCCUGGGAAUUUUUCAACAAGGUAGUCCGCAAUGUCAAGAAAUGUGAGGUCACGGAGAACACCGAAAAGAUCUGGGCAGCCACUAUGGAAGACGUUGAGGAAGGGGUCACAGUCGGCCCGAUGUUCUCCAGGGAUGAGGUCAGUGCAUUUUUGGGCACUGAGCAAUGGAUCCCCACACAGAGAUUUGAAGUGGUUCAAAAGAAUAAAGUUCGUGGUGUGGACAGCGCCACGGUCAAUGGCGUCAACAUGGACGAGAAGAUCGAAGGUUGGGUCCUGGAUGAACGAAAGGCUUACCGCCAGAUUGGUGUCAAGCCGGAUCACCGAAGGUGGAGUGUGAUAUCGCUCCGUGAGCCUUCCACUGGUAAGGUCUCCUUCUUCGUCAUGAUCGGUCACUCCUUCGGUCUGGUGUCGGCAGUCUAUAACUACAAUCGAAGAUCAGCCGCCAUCACGGACGUUCUGAGAAGAAUCUUUUUGGUGGCAGCUUUCAAUUUCUAUGAUGACAGGUACGGUUUCGAACCGUCAACCACUUGCUCUUCUGCGCUUGAGGUCGCUCAAAAAGUUCAUCUUUGGUUGGGGGCGCAGUUCGACCCGAAGAAGUUGCAGCAGUGUCGCGACCCCACGAUCCUCGGUGUCACCUACGACCUCAACGAUAUGUUGCUGAAGAUCAAGCCGUCGCGGAAGUUGGAACUGGAAGAAGAGAUCUCUUCCAUCUUGGAAUGCCAGGUCUUUCCGCCGGGUCAGGCAGGGAAACUUCGCGGCAAGCUCAUGUUUGGCGCGUCACAGCUCUGGGGGAAGAUUGGGAGCGCUGGUGAUCUCGCUGCAGCAUGGUUGUGGUUGAUCAAGGAAGGACCACCACGGCCCAUUGAGUUCGCCAAGCCAAGAACGCCGGACUUUGUGAUCUUCACUGACGGCAGCUUCCCAGAUGGUUCCAAGGGAUCCCCCACUUUACCGUGGAUCGGGGGCGUUCUUUUUCAGAAAGGUGCUCAGCCAUUGCAGUUUGGAGCGGCUGUCGAGUUCUCCCUCAUUGAGAAGUGGAUUCCGAGGAAGUCGCAGAUCGCGAUGGUGGAGCUCUUUGCUACGGUGGUCGCUCUGCGCACGUUUUCUGAGAGGCUGGCAGGAUCCUGGUCUUUGUUGUUAGUUGACUCUGAACCCGUACAGGGAGCUCUAGUGAAAGGAUACUCAGCCCGUGAAAAUUUGUGCGAGCUGGUAAGCGUAUUCUGGAACAUAGCUUUGGAGCUCAAGGUUCAGUUGUAUAUAGACCGAGUUCCGACAGAUGCCAACCCGGCCGAUCACCCGUCCAGAGAUCGGAUGCAGGUAGGUCUAUGCAGCAUUCUCUACGCGCGAUGUGGCUCUGCGCUGGAUCUUCGCGCUGUGCUCGCUACUGCGUUGGCGCUGCAGCUCGGGAUCUUGGUGAAGAAAUUGAAUUUCUACUUCUGGCGUUGCGAGCACUGCAGCCGUGGCCGUCACCAGGGCGAGGGCUUGGAACUCUGCUUCCGCUGCGCCAAGGAGCGCUUUCCAAAGCUGCGAGCGCCUGGCAGAAGCAACGAACGAAGCGGAAGCUCUGGAGAGCACUAG